AUGCGCCUGUUGCGCUCCGCCGUAUUGCGAGUAUACUCGGAAGUGGAAGCAGAAGGACCAGCAGGAGCAGAGGAUCCCCCGCCAGAGGAGCUGCUGGCCGAGAUUGCCGGUGACUCUGCGUCACAUCCUGGCGUGCAAGGGGUUGCCCUGGACGCCCUGAGCGAAAUCUACAGGCUGGACUUUGCCCAGAGAGCCGAGAAGUUUUCCAGAUUCCGGGACUAUCGAUUAUGGCAAGCGCGUCUUGAGAAGCUCUGCAGGGAGGCCAUCGUCUCCGGAAUGUACACGGCGGAUUCGGCUUUCCUGGAGGACAAAUAUGGUGUACCUCUGCCUUUGGUUUAG